CUUCGUCGCAGCCAGAACGUUCCAGCAGAAAAAUGAAAGUCCUUAUCCUGGCUGUUUGCAGCUUGGCUCUGGUAGCCGCCGAUGUCUCGCAUUUGUUUGGUCAUGAUCACCAUGAUCACCACGAUCAUCCUGGCUACAACUAUGACCCACCGAGCAUCCCCUUCGACCUGCCCACUCCGGCUCCGGCUUAUCUGCCCCCGGAACCUGUGACAGUUCGUGUGGCUCCUGUGACCCUGCCACCUCCAGUUUAUCUGCCUCCUGCGACGGUGAAGCCAGUGGUUCCGAUUGUCAGGACCCCGCAGCCAGCUUACCUGCCUCCUCCACCACCGGUUGUGAAAGUCAACCCACCCAAGCCCGCCUAUCUGCCACCCCCACCACCAGUUGUCAAGGUCAACCCACCCAAGCCCGCCUAUCUGCCUCCCCCACCACCGGUUGUGAAGGUCAACCCUCCCAAACCCGCCUAUUUGCCUCCUCCUCCACCAGUGGUCAAGGUCAACCCACCCAAGCCCGCCUAUCUGCCACCCCCACCACCAGUUGUCAAGGUCAACCCCCCUAAGCCCGCCUAUCUGCCUCCUCCACCACCAGUGGUCAGGGUCAACCCACCCAAGCCAGCCUACCUGCCUCCUGCACCCGUCGUGGAGGAGCCCCUCUAUGUGGCACCCGUCGUAGUGCCCACCUUCAAGAUCCCCAUCCCAUCGUACGCCGCUCCUCUGGAGGAACCCGUCAGCACCUAUCUGCCGCCCCAGGAGAUCGUGGAGCCAAAGGAUGAGGGAUACCACUAUGAUCCCCCAGCCGUUCCGUUCCUCUUUUAAAUAUCACCCAUCCUCAGCCAUUUAUUAAUU